GAGCCGGUUAUUACAAAAAUAUUUCCCGGAUUGUCCCAAUGGUAUAACCAAGAGUCGAUUGAUGCAGCGUUUUGCAAUGGGGAAUUGGGAGACCACACAAGAAUCGGUGGAAAUGGCAAUAAUAUACUUCAUCAAUACUUUCUUGUUAUGCCAUCUUGGUGAGACAUUCAUACGUAUAGAAGAAUUUCUAAUGGUCGAAGAUGGUAGGUAUGAAAUGUAUCCUUGGGGUCAGAUUGCAUUUAAUAAGCUGAUUACAUCACUCAGGCAAGACUUCAACCAAAGCAAACAGAUGUAUCGCUUAUUUGGUAUGCCUUAUGCACUCAACGUUUGGAUUUACGAAUGUGCAUCUACUCUAAGUCCAGACAUUGCUGUUAAAGUGGCGAAUGGUAUUCCGAGGUUAUGUAAUUGGACAGUGGUGGCUGAAAAGCCAAAAUAUGAAAAGUUAAUGACUAGCAUUUUCUCCGAGAAUACUUGUUCAAACAUUGCACCAACGCAAGAUGAGGUGGAAUCCCUUGAUUUACCCGAUAGUCAAGAGGUCAACAGAAAUGAAGUAUCUACGCCACAUGUUGGUGCAAAAAAAGUGCAUACUAAAGAUAAGUCAGGUUUUGAGGAUUUUUCAACAAGCCCUCCUGAUCAUUUAUUGAGAAGAUCAUCUCGUGUAUCUGAUACAUCAUCUCCACCACCAUCCAAGAGGAGAAAGAAUACUGAUACACAUAAAACAAAGGGUUCGAAGAAUCUGUCAAAGCAGUCAAAGCCGCAAUUAAAUCAGUCAUUCUCAAUGCCAGCUGAAGAACAUACCCCGCCUGCUAAUGUAUCUUCUGCCCAUGUAUCAUCACAAGUCUCAAAAGAUAAGUCUGUAUUUCCUGAUAUUGAAGAACUGAAACAACAUAUGAAGGAAUACGUCGACAGCAAAUUUGAGUAUCUUGUGAAUUUGAUAAAGGCUAAUCACAUUGAGGUGAUGAAUUCUAAGAAUAGGGAUGAUGGCCAACAAUCAAAGGAUAUGGGCGGCAAGUCUACACCAAACAUGGUUGAAGUUUCCGAUGAAGAAGGCAAUGAUGGACACCAAGCUACCUCUCCGAUACAAAUGGAACUUGAUGUUGACAAUCAGACUGAAGAUACGUUGAAGAAUCAUCAAGUAAUGAAGGACGUUUCAGAACUUCAAUUUCCAAAUUCAGAUACUCAUCAUACUGAUCAAACAUGUGAACACAGCAAGGAUGCUCCAUCAGCACAAACGCCUCAUCAUUUAUUUGAAGGAACAAUGAACGAAGAUACAUCGGAUUCUACACCAUCUGGUUCAAUAUCUCCGGAUACACGAGAAGCCAUGAAUACGCUUAUUGCUGAGCUAGGAAGUCUGCCUACUAAUGCAAAUCAACAGGAGUUUACCGAAAAUCAAAGUUUGCUUUCGGACAUUCAAUUACCUAUUGAUAUUCCAAUCACAGAUAUUGUUGUCCGAAGCGAAAUAAAUACUCCUCAUGCACGUAUCCGGAUGCCUUCGAGAAACUGCAAAUCCCCUUAUUUAACUUCACUUGGAUCAAGUGAAAAAGGAAAAGCGGUCAUGACUGAUGUAAUACGUCCAAAUUUUCCAUUUCAAGGAUGUGAGAUUACAAACCAAGCCCCUUCAUAUCUGAUUGAUGAGUUUAUUGAGUGGGUUACUGCAGAGCUUCUUAAAGCUCAUUCAAAAAAGAAACCAUCAGAAGAUAAAUACAAAUCAAAAGCAUCUUCAUUGGGUUUUGAAAUGAUGGAUUAUGUCGUUGCUUUUCCGACAAAUAAGAAUUGGUUUUAUGCCAUGUCUCAGCCUAAGAACUUUUGGACUGAUCAGCACAUCGAUGUUAUUUUUUACUACCUUCGUAAAAAAUCAAAACUUCGAAGCAUGGAUCAAUACAGAUACACAACAGUCAAUUGUUUGUUCAGCACACAUAUCAACAAUACCCAUGAUAGGUAUUAUAACAAUGAGGCUGAUGAUGAUAUUAGUACCCAAGAACACAUUGAUCGUGCAAGAGCUGUAUCAGUACAUGAGAGGUCAAUAAUCAACGUAAUGAAAGGUUUUUCAAUACCAGCUGGGUUACCAUGGCAUCUGGUGGAUGAUGUUUAUAUUCCAAUCAAUUAUGAUGGAGAUUUUCAUUGGGUAUUAGCUGUGGUUGAAUUGAAUAAGAGGGUAAUACGCGUGUAUGACUCUUCUCUGGGCACAAGGAAACGUGUAUAUUCUGACGAGAUAAAAAAAUUGUCAAGGAUGUUACCUUCUUACCUGAUUGACAGUGGUUUCUUUGAAAACAAUGAGCGGACAAACUGGUCAGUUCUUGAUGCAUACAAGGACAAACAAACAGGUGUACCUUUAGAGUCACAUAUUCCUUUCAACAUUGAAUAUGCUGAAGGUAUCAUGCAACAAGAAGACGAUAGCCUGGACUGCGGGUUAUACGUAGCUACAUUUGCAGAGUUUUUGAGUGACCAACUUGUUAUACCACCUGAUACUGAUGGACAUCUUGCAAAUUACCUACGCAAUAGAUAUGCUGCAUUGUUAUGGAGAUACGGCAGUGACAAGGUCAAUGGUGGAUACAUAAGUGACAAUGAAGAUCCACCAAAGCCUAAGGGUCAAUUCACAACACCAACUGAAGAUGACAUUGUUAACAUAGAUUAGUAAUUAGCUGGGACAGGAUGAACAAGUUUAUAUGUUGUUUUGUGUUGAAGACAAUUAUCUUUUGUGUUUUUCUAAAAGCUUAUUGGUAUUACAAUAUUUUAUUAGUUAUGAAUGUUAUAUUUUUUCAA